AUGCUACUUGGAGGCCUACAGUUUGAAUGGGGUGUUUCUGUGGCCUACAGAACAAUCAUACAACGACAUCGUAUUCCUAAACCACAGCCUCAUGAUAAGGAGCUUUAUACUCUGGAAGACUUCAAUGUUGGGUCAGUUGUGAACUUUUACAGCAAAGUCUUCAAGAUAGUUGACUGUGAUCCAUUUACAUAUAAUUUCCUGUACAACAAUGGUGAGAAAAUUCCUAAACCUGGGACAGUUCCCAAGGAUCCCUAUACUGAAUAUCGCCGAACAGUUGAUGAAGGCCAGAAGCCCAUGCGACCUUAUCAAAAGAUCGAUAUGUUGAAGCAGUUCCUUGUCCAUGACCAGCAUGUACUUAGAUUCUACUGUCUCUGGGAUGACUCGGAUGCAAUGUUUGGUGACCCACACAAGAUGGUGCUUCUCUACUUCCUCUCUGAUGACACAAUAGAAAUCCAUGAAGACAUCCUGCCUAACAGUGGCCGUGACCAAAUUUCAGUUUUCAUCAAAAGAGGGAAAUUACCAAAAGUACCUGAUGGUCUGCCUCUCCAUGGUCAAAAGGUUGACCGAACAGUCUUAAAUGUUUUUGGCUCAAUGCAUUCUAAAGGACGUUACAUUCUGGACAACUUAAAGACAGGUGAACCUGAUAUGUCUUACUAUCAUGCCUCUGAUCUUCGUCUUGGAAAUAUUAUCAAUGUCUAUAGUCGACCGUUCCUGCUUUGUGACUGUGAUGGCUUCACAAAGGAAUAUUACAAAACCAAUUAUGGAAUUGAAAAUUUUACACCAAUUAAACACACAAAGGAAGUCAAUGCACCCUUAAAAAUGGCUCUACCACCUUACAAUGGUUUUGGAAGCGAAGAAGACUCCCUUAGUAAUUGUCGAUCUAUCAUUCCAAAAGUUCCACAGAAAGAUUUCCUUAAAUUCAUGAAGUAUGACAGAUCAGGGUUCAACAGCAAUAUUCUACGGUUCCUCGCCAAACUGAAAAUACCUGUUGUUUCUGCAGAUAAAAACAGGGAUUUCAUUAUCAGUUAUUAUCUAUCAGAUGAUACUAUAUCUGUCUUUGAGCCUGUAAUCAAGAACUCUGGUUUUGUUGGUGGCAAGUUUUUGGAGCGGAGUCGCAUGAAAAAACAUGAGCAAAAAUUCAACACUGAACUCUCUAAGUAUUAUUUAGCAGAAGAUUUGUUUGUUGGAAAUACAGUGGAGUUUGUUAAUCAUCAGUUUCUUAUAACAGACAUCGAUGAGUAUACACUGAGGUUUAUGGAAACAAGAGCUGAUCAAUUUCCAACAUCAAACAUAAAGCUGAUCCUUGAAAAAAUUAAAAACUCCAGAAAAAUUGGAAGAAAUGAUUUUCUGAGGAAGUUCUAUGCAAAAACAAAUGGUGAUGAGUCUUCAGCAGUUGUCAGCUACCUUGAUUUCUCAUCGGUGUUGUCUGAAUGCCAAUUAGACCUUUGUGAACAUGAAAUUCUUGUGCUGGCCCGUCACUAUGGCAACAAAAGAAACCCUGAAGAUAACUUUGAAAGAUUGGUCAGCUGUGUCCGGGAACAGUUAAAGAAAGUCAAUUAUGAAGACUACCAUAAGAUUUUGGCACGGUUCAAAUAUGAAGAUCGCUCUGAAACUGGUUACUUGCCUGCCUCAGCAAUUCGAAGAAUAAUGUUAGGUCAAAAAUUUCCAAUCUCAAAGGAUUUACUGGAUCACCUUCUACAAGGGUUCACUAAUGAGGAAUGUUCUAUUGAGUACGAAGAGCUUGUUAGUAAAAUUGACUGGCAAGCACAUCAACUUUCACAAAUUGUGGAUGGAGAUACAAAUCUGCUGAAUGUAAUGAAAAGCAAGGUGGUAGUUGAUGAUGUGGCAUAUGAACAGCUGAUUAAUGCUCUCUACCCAGAUGAAGAAUUACAGUAGUUUCACGAGUGUGUUAUGCAACAUGUAUUUUAUGUGUACACGUGGAUGUAUGUGUAUACAUAUGCAUGCAUGUACACACACACACACUCACACAUAUGAGUGAGUGGACAAACAAAAGAAUGACACUCAACAUAUUUACUGGCAGUUACAUGUAUGGAUCAAAACAGCUUUGAUUCAAGUUUGUUGUUUCUGAGUUUCAAGUGUGAUGCUAAUCUUCAGCCAUUUUCAGCCGUUGGAAUACCAAUGAAUUUGAAUAAAACUAUUUUGAUACAUCCAUCUAUAUAUAUAUAUAUAUAUAUAUAUAUAUAAAUUAUAGGUUUUUCAUUGAGUUUACUAUGGUUAUUUGUAGUGUUUGUUAGAAGGGAAAUCAUACUUUUAAUUUUUUCAACUCCUACAGAACGAAUUCUGUAUACAUAGAAAUACAUAUAAAUACACAUAAACACAUAUAUUCAUACACACACACAUGCAUAUAAAUACACAGGUACACACAUGAGAAUUAUGUGUGUGCUUGUGAAUGUGUUGGAGGAAAAAUAUACAUAAUGUAGGAUAGCUAGGCAGGUAGAGUGGAAUAAAUGAACAUACAUAUCUAUACAUACAUUUGAGUUUGCAUUGGAAAUAACAGGAUUUCAGAAUAAAUAUUAGAUUAUACGUUCAAGAUUUCAAACUCUUUAGGGUCAUCUUUGUCUUACUUUGUUUGAAGGUCAAUAAAAUAAAUACCUGUCA